AUGCUUUCCAGACCGAUAUACACAUUGCUUUUCUUGAGCUUCGCCCUGAAGAUGCAUGGCUCUCCUGUUCAGCCCUACUGGCAAGUCAAAACAAGCAAACCCUUAGGCUAUGACCCGGACUUCCAGCCGGAUGGUAGCGACGAUAUUGUCCCCGAUCUACGCGUCCUGGACGACAACGAACUCCAACUCAAUGAGACACUCAAUCAGACUGCACCUGUUGCAGAGCCUGCUUCAUGGGUGGCCCCGAUUGGGAACGACCAAAACGAGGACGAAGAAACUGCUAUACAACGUCGUUUCAUCGAUGGUAACGAUGAUCGCUACCUGUUCAACAACAACAGCUAUCCUUUCAAUGCCGUGGGCAAACUCCAAUGGUCAAAUGGUGUCUUCUGCUCUGGCGCACUCGUCGGACCUCGCCACAUAUUAACAGCCAAACACUGCAUCGCCUCCGGCGCAACCGGCACAUUCUCUCCUGGUUACGACCAAACCGCUCGCGAUGGCAGUGCCCAUGUUCAACAGAUAUUUACCAGCAAUUAUACUUGGGGCACGCCUUGUGGUUGGAAAGGUGACUGGGCUGUCAUGAUCCUUGACCAAAGAUUGGGAGACAAGCUUGGAUUCUUUGGAGCCAAACUGCCAGACCCAAGCAAAAAGGACAAGCCAAUCUUCCGCCACAUGGGAUAUCCAGGAGACAAAGACAGCGGGACACGACCAUAUCGUACUGAUGGAAAUCCUAUUGAGGGCUAUCGCGCCUGGGACUGCGAUGGCACCGCUCCUUACUAUACUGAUACCGAUUGUGCUGGAGGGCAGUCAGGCGGUCCGCAUUGGGAGAACGUCAACGGCAGACGAUACAUCUGGGGUACACUCUCUGUGACGUUUGACGGCGGCAAUGGACUGGCAUGGGCCGGCUGGGGCUCUGGUAACGAGAUGGUCAACGCAAUCAUCAAAGCGAGGCGCGAUUAUCCAUGA